GAGUUGACGGAUCCUGCAACAACCUUAAACAACCGACCAAAGGAUCAGCUCACACUCCAAUACGUAGACUAUUACCGGCGGUCUAUGACAAAGAUUUCGAACCAAGAAAGUCCAAAUCUGGCGAGCCCUUGCCUCUGAGCAGAUCAAUUCGAACGGGAGUGUUAGCCGAAGGACGAGUACCAGAUACGAGAUUCUCACAAAUGGUACCAAAUUAUUGGGUAUAUAUUCUCGGUGAUGUUAUAUCUGUGCACGAUACAGUAAACUAUAUAAGAUGGAGACCCUAUUGUUGUGAAGAGAAAGGAAAGACAGACAAUGCUUGUAUACCAAACGCCAUACCCGAUGAUGAUCCAGUACACAGAUUCUCCUCAAUAAGAUGCUUGAACCUGACUAGACCUGAGAGUUUCCAAUCGAGGGGAUGUUUGAAAAAUGACACAACACCUGAAAGGAUAUCGACAGCAACACCAGUCUUUGACUUGUCCCAUGUAUAUGGAAAUUCUUUGAAAAUGUUAAACGCAAAGGGAAGACUUUUUGAAAAAGGCUUGUUGAAAACUGAAGUGGAAAAUGGUAAAAUUUGGCCACCAAGUGCAAAAACAAAAGAUCAUUUGUGUCUCUUGAAUCAAUUACCCCACGAAACGAGAUGUCACGACACACCGGAAACGGGUGCUAACAGCGUUUUAGCGCCUAACCUAUUAGUUAUUUGGACUUGGCGUUUUCAUAACCGUAUCGCGACUAUAUUGUCUGCGAUGAAUCCUUGUUGGGACGAUGACAGGAUCUUCUUUACAACUAGAGAUAUAGUUAUUGCCGCAUCUACUCAAAUUUACUUUUACGAACUGAUGACUACCUUAUUGGGUUACGACAAUCUAGUGAGGGAAGGUGUUAUCUCACCCAAUAAAGGUUUUAGAGAUUUAUAUAAUGAAGAUAUUCAACCUCAAAUAUCGCUUGAAUUUCUUGCCGUACAACGUUGGGCUCACACAAUUCAAGACGGGAAUCUAAAAAUGUACGAUGCGAAUGGCAAUUACCUAAAAGAAACAAAGAUCGGUAACUUAACACUCCGAACUGGAUACUUAGUUGAUAAUUUGGAAUAUAUCACUCAAGGUGUAUUUAGGCAGCCAGCUGCUAAAUUUGACUACAUCGUUGAUCCGGAUAUAGCCGAGACUGGGCUUGGUCCCCAUCAACUCGCAGCUGAUCUUCUGACUAGUGACUUAUCCAAGAAUCGCUACUUUGGAUUCGCUCCAUAUAUAAAAUAUAGGCAGUUGUGUUCGGGAAAGACGUACAGCACUUUUGAAGAUUUAAUCGAUGUCAUUGACCCUGAGAGGAUCGAACUGCUGAAGGAGAAAUAUCAACAUUUAGAGGACAUAGAUUUGUUGACCGGUGUUUGGUUGGAGAAUUACGUAAGGGGCGGGUCCGUUCCAGUCACAUUGUACUGCGUUGUGGUAGAACAGAUGAUUAGGACGUUGUCCUCUGACCGCCAUUGGUACGAGAGACCUAAUCGUCCUAACGCUUUCACGAUGGAACAACUCCUGGAAGUGAGAAAGGCUUCAAUGGCGCAGCUCCUAUGCGCAGUUGGAGACACGGUGACAGAAAUACAACCGCUUGCCUUCUUCCUACCUGGACCAGGAAACGAAAGGUGCAGCUGUAGUCAAAUACAGAAAAUGAAUUUAUGGCCGUGGAAGGAUUGGUCUUGUUCUAGUAAACAAAUGGAUAUUUUGGACACUCAAGUUUAGUCAGUAUGUUUUUUCACCUCAUAAUGCAUAUCUGUCUGUUACUAUUAAGCAAUUAUAGUCUCUACAGCAAUGUAUUUAAUUUGGAAUU